AUGGCUGCAGGCUCUCGUGUCUCCUCCGCAGUGCCCACCGUGUCAUUCCCCGAGCUCCGCUCGCUCCUGGCCGCGGGCCGCGCCCGGCUCUUCGACGUGAAGACUCGGGAGGAGGUGGCCGCGGGGACCAUCCCCGGGGCGCUCAAUAUCCCGGUGUCUGAGCUGGAAGGUGCCCUGCAGAUGGACCCAGCUGCCUUCCAGGCUCUGUACUCGGCGGAGAAGCCAAAGCUGGAAGAUGAGAACCUCAUUUUCUUCUGUCAGAUGGGCAAGCGGGGCCUGCAGGCCACGCAGCUGGCGCAGAGCCUUGGAUACAGAGGGGCUCGCAACUACGCAGGGGGUUACAGAGAAUGGGUCCAGAAAGGAGGUGAGGUUGAAGGCGGCAGAGCGCAGGAGGGGCGCGGCAGGCCCUGACUUGUUGGUUUGCGCCAGGCCUUAUCCUGCUGCACACACAGAAGCAUGCGAUAAAGAGCAUUUGAUCGCCCCUGGCUGGUGUGGCUCAGUGGGGUGGGUGCCCGUCUGCAGACUGAAGGGUCGCGGGUUCAGUAUCCAGGGAGGGCAUGUGCCAGGGUAGCGGACUGGGUCCAGCUGGGGGGCAUCUGAAGGGCAACCACACACUGAUGUUUCUCUUACUC